AUGUUUAAAGCAGUAACCUCCAAACUCGCAGCUGAAAUAGACCAAGAAUUGAUGGGACCCAAGGUUGGGUUCACAUUGCAGCAAUUGAUGGAACUUGCUGGAUUCAGUGUGGCACAAGCAGUCACCAGAGAGUUCCCAUUACAGAAUAAUAAUGAAGAUAAGCAUGUCCUUAUCGUUGCAGGUCCUGGUAAUAACGGUGGUGAUGGUUUAGUAUGUGCAAGACAUUUAAAACUGUUCGGUUACAAUCCAGUUGUCUUCUAUCCCAAGAGGAGUAAGAGAACUGAAUUCUAUGGUCAAUUAGUGAAUCAACUUGACUUCUUUGGUGUGCCAAUUCUAUCAGAAGAACAAGAUUGGACUGUAUAUCUGAACAAAUCCAAGACGGUAUGCAUUGUAGAUGCGAUUUUUGGAUUCAGUUUUAAGCCUCCAAUGAGAGAACCAUUUUCGAGUAUCUUGGAUCAACUUUCAGAAGUUGAUAAAGAUAUUCCAAUAGUCUCUGUAGAUGUCCCAUCAGGAUGGGAUGUGGACAAUGGUCCAAUCACUUCACCUCAUAUCAACCCAACUGUCUUGGUAUCUCUAACAGUCCCAAAACCAUGUAGCAAUCAUAUAGACAAGUCCAAGACAGCACAUUACGUAGGUGGAAGAUUCAUCCCUAAAGAAUUCGCCAAUAAGUAUGGUUUCGAACCUUUUAACUAUGUAUCCACAGAUCAAAUUUUAAAGCUUUAA